AUACAUGAAUGAAGAAAAAAACAAAUUAAAAUGACAAAGUACUUUUUCGUAUUGCAGUAAAGACAUUGGUGGUAUUGUAGUAUUCUCAGAUGUAAAUAUUGUACUUUAUAUUGUACACUUUAUUCAUCUGACAGUUACUGUCACCUAAAACAAACUCAUUCAAGCCAAUGUUAAACAUUUGACUUGUGACCCCUGACCUUUUUCCUGAUGUCUCCUUUAAACUUUUCAGAGUCACUCAAUUAUAUCUUAUCAAAUAAACAAAACAAAGAUCAGAUCUUUGUUAUCUUCUUGCUACGUGAGAAGAAGCCUGUGAGGGAGAAGGAGAUGGACCCACAUUUAGUCAUGAGGACACUGGGAGGAGUCUGAAGACACUGGUCCCAGCUGCUCCCUCAACGUGGGACCACAACAACUGAGUGUGUGAGGAAUGAGUACAAGGCCCCGAUGAGGAGAUGAGGAGGAGAGCCUGAAGCCUGCAGGUGACCCUUCCACGGGAGGUCAAAGGUGGACACCAUGUCCCUGUGGAUGGUCCUCCCCGUCAGCCUGCCCGUCCUCACCAUCUCUGGCAUCUGGGUCGUAUACGCGAUGGCCUUGUCCAACCAGCACGUGUGUCCUGUGCAUAACUGGCUUUAUAACGAGUCGUGCGAGGAGCCGCUCCAGCUGCAGAGGGCUGCGGUGCUGUGCUGCACGCUGGACGACAUACCUCUCAUCAGCAAAUGUGGAACCUUGCCCCCCGAAAGCUGCUUCUUCAGCCUCAUAUGCAGCACGGGCUCCUUCAUGGUGAUGCUGAUCGGCCUGCUGCGCUACGCUCACGUCAUCGAGAGGCACCAGAACUGCAUCCUGAACACGGCGGGCCUCUCUGCAGCCUGGAUCUGUGCCGCCGGCCUCAUCAUGGUGGGAAACUUCCAGGUGGACUUGGCCAAAGUGCUGCACUACGUGGGGGCCGGCGUGGCCUUCCCCUCCAGCAUGCUGUUCCUGUGCCUCCAGUCGGCUCUGACCUACAAGCUGGCCCAGACGCAGGAGGAGUACCGAGUGGGUCACCUACGGGGGGGCAUGGCCCUGCUGGCUCUGGUGGCACUGGUGCUCAGUGGAGUUUUCUUCUGCCAGGAGAGCUUCGCCCUGCAGCACGCCUCCGCCAUCUUCGAGUGGACCUACUGCACGCUCAUCAUGCUCUUCUACGGGACUUUCGCCUUCGAGUUCGCCGGCAUGUCGGGCGACACGCUGAUGGUCCUGUCCCGAGGAGGAACGGGGGGGCAGAGCUUCUCCACCUCUUCCGGACACAAGAUGGAGGCGGUGGGCCGCGGCUCCAACCGCCACCAGUCAGACAGUUUGUCGACGCUGUGAUGGAGGACCCAUCGCUCUCGUCUUCUCGGCCUUCCAUCAGACGCUGGAGUCAGAAGGUUUGGAGCUUCAGACGUGGACCUCUUCACAGAAGCCGUCUGAUGGACUGAAGGGGACUGGAUGAUGUGCCAUUCUGAAUGGGAUGUUUCCAUGAAUGGAUUAGUGAGCAUGUCUAGGAUGACUGUCCCCCCCCACCCCCCACCUGGCCUUCACCUGCACAAUGACCCCGACCUGUGGAAUAUUUCUCUCUCACUUUCAAUUGUUUCUACGGUUUGAUGGAACCAAACUAUUUGCUUUGUGUGAAUUGUGUCAAACGCAGAAACACGAACGAGAACAUUCCGUUUUGUGAUGUUUUAAGAGAACAAAACAAUAAAAGCAGAUAUGAAGAAAACAAAUUAGUUGUUUAUUUUGCAGCUUUGAAGAAAAAUCAAAGGCCGUUUUUCAAUGUUUUAUUGUUCAAAACUCAUAUUUACAGUAUUUAAGAGGUUCUUUGGUUUCUGUGACUUUUAAACAUCUGCUUAUGACCUUCACACAGUUCUUAGUGUAAAAAUAUCAAACUGAAGACAUUAUUUAAGACCUUGACUUUUAAAUGAAAU